AUGUCUGACCCUCAACAAAUACUUUCCGACGAUCAGUUGAUCGUGCAGGCCACCACCGCUGUCGAAACGGCCCAAAUUCCCAAAGAACUCGUUUGGAAGAAGAUUAAGCCUGAAACUGGAUUUUGGGUUUCCUGUCAACUCGGCAACGACAAAAUGUUGGCCCAGCGCGAUGCACGUCUGUCUUAUAAUCCCAUUACAGAGGAACUACGCAUAAAUAUCAUUCAUACACUUCUCCAUAAAUGUCACCGAGGGUGGUUUAUGAGGAGUCUAUUUGAGUGGUGUGAAGAGGGACUUAUCACAAAGGACGAGGAGAAAAUGCUCGACAUAUUUGACGGUAUCACAACUACGGGUUUCGAAAGGCCCUAUUCAUAUGCGGUCAAAGAUAUCGACAUAGGAAUGGCCUGUCCGAUUGGAUCACUUCCACGAGUCAUUGUGGAAUCUAGAUGGUCGAUCCCCCGAUCCUCCGAUUCAGCCAGCUUAUGGCUUCAGAAUGCAGCCAAAACUCUCCAGGUUCUUAUUUUGAUCGAAUGGUGGAAUGUUUCAGCAAACACAGUGGCAGGACAACUUCGAGUCUAUCGACGUUGGACAAAAAACGUCCAGACCGAGCCCAUCUUCCCACUUCCGCCGCGACAUCCCGAAAAACGGCGAAUCACGCUCACACGAGAUGAAGUCAUUGGAACUGAAGAUAACCGCUUCGAUGGAUUGAAGAUUACUCAAGAAAUCCAUGUCCAAAAAGCUAUGCCGAUGUCCUCCUUCAAGUCUUCCGGGCCCUCUAAGCCUACUGAUAGAUCUCAAACUCGCUCUUACGUCGUGCCUGAUCCUAAUAUACCCAACAAAGGCCGUGUCCAAACUCUAGAAUGCGAUGUCCUCUUCUCGGACGCCAAUACCGAUCCAGACAUGAGCUUCAUGCAUAACAACCUUACUGAUUCUAACUUGAUAGUCCAUGAUAACAAAAUAGUGGGACUCAUUGACUGGGAAAUGGCUGGCUUUUUUGGCUGGAAGACUGCUGGAGGUUCUUUGAGCGGAGGCUAUGUUAUUCGGGUGCUACGGCGUUUCGGCGCUUUUGACGAGGUUAUGGCCCGCGUUGAAAUCGCCUUGCCAGACACGGAGCGAUGA